AUGGAGGUGGAAACCAAUCAUUCUUUGGCGGAUGCUUUCUCAAAGGGGACAGGUACCGACGUGCAGCACCGUGGGAUUGCAGGGGAGGAGGACGGGGCCAUGUAUCGCGAGAUCUUGAACCAACACUCCUCCUCAAAUCACAGUGCACACUGUGUGGUGAGCCAGAAGGCUUCUGGCGACGGUCCCAGUCCCAGCUUCCGCGCGACGGUCCAAAGUCCAGCAGAGCUUUCCGGCAACGGUUCCCAGUCCAGAGCUUCCGGCGGACGUUUCACAGUCCAGAUCUCCGCGACGGCUUCACAGUCCAGAGCUUCCGGCGCGGUUACUGCCGAGUUCCGCAACGGUUCCCAGUCCAAGUUUCCGGCGACGGUUCACAGUCCAGAGCUUCCGGCGACGUCACACUCCAGAGUUCCGGCACGGUCACUGUCCAGAGCUUCCGGCGACGUUCACAUCCGGAACCUCCUGCGACUCCGGGACCUCCAGUACGACGGUCCACAGUCCGGGACCUCCUACGACGUCCACAGUCCGUACCUACGACGGUCCACAGCCGGGACCUCCUACGACGUCCACAGUCCGGUCCUCCUCCGAAUCCACAGUCCGGGACCUCCUUACAACGGUCCACAGUCCGGAACCUCCUGCGAAGUCCACAGUCCGAACCUCCUAGACGGCCACUUCCGAACCUCCUGCCGACGUCACGGUCCAUCCACGCGACGGUCCACGGUCCGAACCACAGCGAGGGUCAACGGUCCAGGCUUCCAUGCAAGGCGUCCCAGUCCAGCUCCAGGCCGGAGCCUUUCUCUGCGUCGGGCCAAGUUCGUCCAGGCACGCGUCCAGUCCCGCUCCAGGCGGAGCUUCCUCUGCUGCGCCAGUGCCAAGUCCAGGCACGGCGUCCAGUCCCGCUCCAAGGCCGGAGCUCUUUCGCGCCGACGUCCAGUCCAGUCAUGGUCUCCCUCUCAGCACUUCGAUGAAGAAAGCAACUCCCCUCCUCCACCCAGGAACAUGAAGGCUCUAUCGGGCGGGCGGCCCAGCCAGCUCCAGAUCACCUCGGCUCACACCUGCGGCCUGGCCGACUGCGAACACUCCCUGGACCACCAUGACUCCCGCACCCCCUCUUACCUCCUCAGCCCCACAGAGAGCUGUCCCAUGGAGCACCGCCGCUGCUCCCCCCAUAGCUCCAUCCACUCUGAGUGCAUGGCGAUGCCCGUCUCCGUCUCCAUGGCCAACACAGACCACUCCAUCUCCAGCAGCACCUUUCCCAGGAUGCAUUACAGUUCCCACCACGACGGUAGCGGGUCACGGGACAGUGGUGGUGGUGGAGGAGGUGGUGGUGGUGGAUCACGGGAUCGAGACGAGUGUGGCUCGUCGCACGGRGGCAGCGGUAAAAUGAACAGAAUCCCGGCCAACCUGCUGGACCAGUUUGAGAAGCAACUUCCGUUACAUCGCGACGGCUUCCACACACUGCAGUACCAYAAGACACACACRACCACCACGGAGCAGCGCAACGAGAGCCCUGGGAGGAUCCGACACCUGGUCCACUCUGUCCAGAAGCUCUUCACCAAGUCCCACUCCCUGGAGGGCUCGUCCAAGAUGAACGGCACCAAGGGGGACUCGCACCGGGAAGGCUCCCACCACCACCAUCCCAACCACCAUGGYCACCACAAACACAGCAAGCGCAGUAAGAGCAAAGAGCGUAAGUCAUCAGACAGCAGCGGGAAGCAGCGCUCCGGGGUGGCGGGCUGGUGGAGCUCGGACGAUAACCUGGACAGUGACAGUACGUACCGGACGCCRAGCGUUAUGUCCCGCCAACAGGUGGACCACAUCAGCCACUGCUACCCCGACUCUGUCCACAGCCACUACGGGAACCUGUCGCUCAAGACCUCCAAGAGCAACAACGAUGUGAAGUGUUCCGCGUGUGAGAGCGUGGCCAUGGCUCCUGAAGGGAAGUUCAUGAAGAGGAGCUCCUGGUCAACGCUGACUGUCAGCCAGGCCAAGGAGGCCUACAGGAAGUCUUCCCUCAACCUGGAGAAACCCAUGACGCCCACAGACCUCAAGCCCAACCUCAGGCCSUGCCACUAUCUACAGGUACCUCAGGAUGAGUGGAGUGGUUACCCAGGGGGAGGUAAGGACGAUGAGAUCCCCUGCCGGAGGAUGAGGAGCAGCAGUUACGUCAAAGCCAUGGGUGAUGAGGAGAGUGGAGAGUCUGACUCCAGCCCCAAGACGUCCCCCGUGAAGACGGUCCGGCCAGACGCCCUGGUCAAGUCUGUCAUGCAGAGACCACUCCUAGACUCCCAGAGUCAUAACUACCACUUGCAGGCCUCAAGAGACAUGCACCCCCACCACCCCAGCAUGGCCCUGGAGCCCUCCACCAACUACAACUCCCAGCAGCCACCUCUCCCAGCAGCCCAGUUCCGCUCCAGGAACCAGAGCUACAUGCGGGCGGUCAGCACUCUCAGCCAGGCCAGCUGUGUUAGCCAGGUGAGCGAGACAGAUAUAAACGGUCAGUUUGAGUCAGUAUGUGAGUCGGUGUUCAGUGAGGUGGAAUCCCAGGCUGUGGAGGCUCUGGACCUGCCCGGCUGUUUCCGGACAAGGAGCCAUAGCUACCUGAGGGCCAUCCAGGCUGGCUACUCCCAGGAUGAUGACUGCAUCCCCACCAUGACCUCCUCCACUGUCACCUCCACCAUCAGGUCCACCACAGCGGUCACGUACACGAACAACUACAAGAAGACGACCCGCCGCCCCGUCCCACCCCGCUCCACUGGCUCCAAGGCCCUCAUCUCCGUCACUGCCCAGAGCAGUACAGAGUCCACCAGGACCUACCAUGAGGGCAGGCACCCUCGAGGUGGGCGACGGGCUGGGCCUGAGCCUGGGCAGGCCCUGUAUACUCCCACAGACAGCCUGGACAGUGCCAAGGCCGUGACUAUAGCCAUGGAGGCAGCUGGGCUGAGGUCUGGGAAGAGGCACCCGUCCACAGACCGUCACAGUCACAGCUCAGUGGUGACCUGUGAUAAAGCCAUCCUGGUGUCCAAGGCUGAGGAGUACCUCAAAACACCACGCUCCUCCAUAGGAUACAGAUGCAAACUGCUGUUGCUUUCUUCCCUGUCCCUGUCCGUGGAAGCAGCCACCGACUCGGAGUCAGAAAGUAAAGGGUCGAAGGAAUACCAUUCUGUGGGGAUCCAGGUGGAAGCUGACAGACGAGUGCAGGGCAGGUUGAAGCGCUCCAAUAGUGUAACAGCCUCUGUGCAGGCUGACAUGGAGAUGGAGGGGUUUCCCACCAUGGAGGACAAGGGCCUACAAUUUGGAGGGGGCUUCCUAGGGGGGCACUCUGAGCCCAGCACGCCCACCCAGUAUGGGGUGCGCACCGUCCGCACCCAGGGCCUCUUCAGCUACCGGGAGGACUACCGGACCCCUACGGAGCCCCCUUGCCCCCAGCAGACCUCCAACGAGACCACCUGGCAGCUAGAGCCCCCCUCCCCCAGGGAGCCAGCAGAGUUGUCGGGCGAGUCGUGCCGGACGUCCCCCGCCUUGCGGAGGGAUGGAAGCUGGUUCAUGCAGCUGCUCCACGCAGAGACCAAGAGGAUGGAGGGAUGCUGUAAAGAAAUGGAGGCAGAGGCGGAGGAGAACGACCUCUCUGAGGACAUCCUAGGUAAAAUCAGGAGUGCGGUGGGCAGUGCUCAGCUCCUCAUGUCUCAGAAAUUCCAGCAGUUUUACUGGUUGUGUCAGCAGAACCUGGACCCCAGUGCCAUGCCCCGCCCCACCUCUCAGGACCUGGCUGGAUUCUGGGACCUCCUGCAGCUGUCCAUUGAUGACGUCACCACCAAGUUUGACGAGCUGCAGCAGAUAAAGAACAACGACUGGAGGCCCGUGGAGAAGAGCCCAGAGAAAAGGUUACCACCUGUCGCACCAAAGAAGUCCAUGAUCGGGAAGAGAGGCGUGACACGGGAGAAGUCUCUUGACCUUCCAGACCGCCACCGCCUGGAAGCACGCAGGAGGCUGAUGCAGGCCAAGCGGGCGGCUUCCUUCCGUCAGAACUCGGUGUCAGAGAGAGCAGACAGCAUCGAGAUCUACAUCCCUGAGGCCCAGACUCGCCUUUGAGAGGACUGGGACAGGGGUCAGGGGUGAGGGGCGUCUCCCCCCUCAGACUACCCCUCAACUAGACUCUCCUUUAACUAGCCUUUUUCUAGACUAUCUACUGUACACUUCCCUCCUUUAUCUGUCUCCUCAUGACUUCACUAUCAUCAUCUUCUGAGUUCAUCUCCACUCCAGCCCUUAUUGAGUAGGAUAUCACAAAACUACAGAUAUGUAUUAGUGGAUAUACACUGAGUAUAUCAAACAUCAGGAACACCCC